AUGAAUACGACCCCUAUCGUGGCGGCGGCGGUGGGAGUCUUGCUGGUGACUGGACCUCCGGGUGUUGGUAAAACCACUCUAAUAGUGAAAGUCUUUGAAACCCUGAAAUCCUCAAACCCUAACUUAAAGAUUCAGGGUUUCUACACCAGUGAGGUUAGACAAGGAGGUGAGAGAGUUGGGUUCCAGGUGGUCACAUUAGACGGCCGUACCGCUCCGCUUGCCUCAUCCAUCAUUUCCAGCCCUGAAUCUUUGAGAUGGCCCAAUGUGGGGAAGUACAAAGUAGAUGUUGCGUCGUUUGAGUCCAUGGCAAUUCCUGAAUUGCAGGUAAGAGAAGAUACUGACCUAUUUAUCAUCGAUGAAGUCAGUAAGAUGGAGUUGUUCGGUUCAUCUUUCUUCCCUGCUGUCUUAAGAGUGCUGGAAUCCAAUGUUCCAGUUUUGGCGUCAGUUCCAAUUCCAAAAGUUGGCUGCGAUAUACUAGCAGGAUAAUUAUGAGGGACA